UCUCUGUCAUUCCCACACUUUCACACACUAUUUUUAUUCUUCCACAUACAAAAAGAAAAAUCAUAUAUUUUUGACCCCAGAAGAAAAAUAAUAAUAGUAAUAACAAAACCCAUAUAUAUCACGUUUUUCUUCCAAAUGUCCAUUUCACUCUGACCCCACUACGCCACCUAUAAUUACCACUUGCCCACUCUUCUCCAUGCCCUCCAUCCGAAAACCAAAAUUUUUUUAAGGAAAAAGAAAAAAGAAAAAGAAAAUGGAAUAAACCCUGUCAUCGUACGGUUGAUUUGGUGUUUAACAAUCAACCUUGGAAACCCAAAAAAACCGAAAUCCGAAACCCGAAACGUUAAUUGCGGCCAAGCUUGCACGCAAUGAAUUGUCCACAAGAUUGGCCUGAACCAAUAGUUCGGGUCCAAUCUUUGUCUGAAGGUGGCUUAAACACCAUACCGGACCGGUAUAUCAAACCUCCGAUGGACCGGCCAAAGCCGACGACGUCGUUGGUGGAGACCGAUCCUUGUAGCGAUGCUAAUAUACCCAUAAUUGAUAUGGAAGGAUUGUAUGGCGACGAUUGCGAGCUCCGAAACUCCAUUGUCCAUCAGAUUUCGGAAGCUUCCAAAGAGUGGGGUUUUUUUCAGGUGGUGAGGCAUGGAGUUCCGCCGGAAUUGUUGGACAGAGCUCGGGAAGUCUGGCGGGGUUUUUUCCAUGCGCCGAUGGAGAUUAAGCAAGCUUUCGCCAAUUCACCGAAGACAUACGAAGGCUAUGGAAGUCGGCUCGGAGUCGAUAAAGGUGCUAUUCUUGAUUGGAGUGAUUACUAUUUUCUUCAUUUUCUUCCAUUGUGCUUGAAGGACUUCAACAAGUGGCCUAACCACCCACAAAAUUGCAGAGAAGUGAUAGAUGAGUACGGGAGAGAACUGGUAAAGCUUUGUGGGAGAUUAAUGAAGGUUUUGUCAAUAAAUUUGGGAUUAGAGGAAGAUUAUCUUCAAAAUGCAUUUGGCGGCGAAAAUAUAGGGGCGUGUUUGAGGGUGAAUUUUUAUCCGAAGUGUCCACAGCCUGACCUUACACUUGGUCUAUCUUCUCAUUCGGACCCUGGUGGUAUGACCCUUUUGCUUCCGGAUCAGCAUGUCUAUGGACUUCAAGUUCGUAAAGAUAAUAAGUGGAUCACGGUGAAACCUGCUCCACACGCUUUUAUUGUCAACAUUGGUGAUCAAAUUCAGGUCUUAAGUAAUGCAAUCUACAAGAGUGUUGAACAUAGAGUGAUUGUAAAUUCAGACAAGGAGAGGCUGUCUCUGGCUUUCUUUUACAAUCCAAAGGGUGACAUACCAAUGGAGCCAGCAAAAGAGCUUGUGACAGCAGAUAGACCUGCACUAUAUCAGCCUAUGACAUUCGAUGAAUACAGGCUUUUCAUUAGAUUGAGGGGUCCUCGAGGCAAAACCCAAGUGGAGUCACUGAAAUCUCCAAGAUGAUAGUAAGGCAUUUUAUAAUUCACUGUAAAUCUCUCAUGUAAAACGAUCCCUUUUAUUGGUUCUAUGAGUCAAUUAAUUGUACAUCUUUGCAAUCAUAGAGGGGAUUAAGAAUUCUUAACCUAUGGAUAAGACAAGAUGAAAAUAAAAAAUAAAAAAAAGUAGAUGAGUCUUCUUCAUGGGAUUGAUUUACUAAUAGUAUUUGUUUCUUUGUUUUUGGACGGGUCUGUAAAAAGAUCCUAAUUGCGUCGUAUGACAAGGCUUUUCCCCCACUCGACUCCAUUGAUUGUGGGCAACAAAGUGGUUAAUAAAAUACAUUGUUGCAAUA